AUGGUUGGAUUGAUUCAAACGAAGAAAGAGCUGGGUGAGAUUCGCGCUUAUGAUGUUUGCGAUCUUGCUGCCAAUGCUAAAAGCGCUACGAACGCUUCGCGUCCUGUCUUCUGCGAUGAUAUUGAUGGCUACUAUGCCAAGUUUCGGUCUUUUAUUAUCAAGCCCCUAGCUGUUACUUAUUCGCAGUUCGAGCAGAUUCUGAUGCUUGACGCCGACACGACGUUCUUCGUCAAUCCAACCGUUUUGUUUGACUCGAAAAAGUUUAAGACUACGGGCAUCUUUUUGAUGCACGAUCGCAUAAGCCAUGACUGGUUUUAUAUGGCUGAGCAGUCGUCCCCCGAGUUGUCGGUGGAGCAGAAAUACUUUUCAGAGUUUGACGUGACCCCAUUUAGGCCGUUGCCAACACUUCAGCGACCAAAAGCUACUGUUCAGAACAAGACCCCUGCCAAACUAAGUUUUAAGCCUAGCGACUUUUUGCUAAGCAGCCACUCGUUCAAUCGCCGCUCGGGCCAUCAAGUUGACUCUUCGAUGCUGAUGUGGGAUAAAAAGCGUCAACCUCGUGCGACGACAAUUUUAGCAUCUUUUAUUGCGAACAACGACAUCGCUUCACCUCCAUCUUACGGCGACAAGGAGCUAUUUUUCUAUGCGAGCGAAUUGGCAGAGACGCAGUACUCGUUCUCGGAUCACGCUAUGGGAGCUGUUGGCACAGAGGUUGAGGACCACGGUCCGAAGAAUUUAACGGUGUGUGGUGACAUGGCUCAAGUAUUUCCGAUUCGUCAAGAUGGAUGCCAGACGACGACGUACCUUUGUUCUACCUAA